UAGUUAAUGACUGAUAAACUCACAAGGAAAAUGGAAGAACGUAUAUGUCAUUAAGGUUAAGGUUAUACAAUAUUAUUUUGUUAGUCGACUUGUUUACAAUUCGACUAUUUUUUCUUAUAAGAAGUAUUAGUAAAUAAUUCAACGAGACUUCAUAUGUAGAAGAGCAUUUAAUACGGCACAAAAUUUGUUGCCAAGAUGAGUAAAAUGUAUACAACCGCCAACCUCUCUGACAAAGAGUUAAAAGAAGAAGGAAAUCGACUUUUCAAUCUUCACAAAUAUGAGGAUGCUGCACACUGCUACACCAAAGCAAUUAUUAAAAAUCCAACCCAAGCACUAUAUUUUACGAACCGAGCGCUGUGUAACCUGAAAUUGAAACGAUGGGAAUCAUCCUGUCUAGACUGCAGACGUGCUCUCGAUAUCGAUCCAUGUCUGGUGAAGGGUCAUUUUUUCUUGGGUCUAGCUCUUCUCGAAAUGGAACUCUUUGAUGAAGCUGUGAAACAUUUACAAAGAGGUUUUUAUGGCAAUGUGAAAUUUGCCAUUCUCAUGAUUACACAUCUCAACGAUAAUGUAGCUGUGGAUUUGGCCAAGGAACAAAAGUUAAACUAUGGAGAUGAUAUGACCAGUAUUUUAAGGCAAGCACGAAAACGUUGUUUCCAAUUGAGAGAAGAACAGAGAAUUGCUCAAGAUAUUGAAUUACAAUCAUAUCUGAAUCAAUUGAUAGUAGAAGAUGCUGAACGAAGUUUAGCUGCUUUAAAGGAACAAGAGGCAGUUAAAGAUGCAGAUAGUAAAAGUGAAGGAGAAGCCUCAUCUAUUGAAUUUACAAGGAAAAAAGAAGAGAUAGAAGAAAAAAGAGAUACAUGUAUGGCUCACCUUAAUGAUUUAUUUGCAAAAGUGGAUGAAAGAAGAAGGAAAAGAGAAGUACCUGAUUAUUUAUGUGGAAAAAUUAGUUUUGAAAUUUUACAAGAACCUGUAAUAACGCCAAGUGGAAUUACAUAUGAACGAAAAGACAUUGAAGAACAUUUACAAAGGGUGGGACACUUUGAUCCAGUUACUAGAGUUCGUUUGACUCAGGAUCAAUUAAUCCCUAAUUUAGCAAUGAAGGAAGUAGUUGAUACAUUUCUACAAGAAAAUGAGUGGGCAUUAUAUUAUUAAUUUGUAAAAUUAGGUUACUGCCAUAUUUCUAUAAUAAUUGCAUAUAUCAUGAUUAUUUUUGGGUCCCAUUAAUUUACAUAAAUGUGUAUAUCAUUAUCUUGUAAACAGUAAAUAGAUCAUAUAUCUACAUAAA